CAUGAGUAUUUACAUGCUCUCAAUAACAAUUGAGGUGCCCUUCCUCAUGAAAGAAUCCAACGCAGGCUGCCCUCAUGCAAAGCCACCUCGACUGACAUUGUCACUGUUAUCAGACCAUGUUCUUAUAACAUUAGGUACGUACCUACUCCGGCUCAUCAUAAGUGGGGCCCGUGGUCUACCCACCGAAGCAUCCACAUGGGUCGGGCACGGUCGGCGGUCUCGGAGACGAGUGGGGAAAUCUACGCCGCCUCUUUCUGCAGGCAAGAUCGGCAGUCCCCACUAACCCUUCACCUUGGAUGAUCCACAUUCUUCACCUUCCACUCACCGAAUCUUCACCUCGGAGGGGCUUCAAAAAAUUAUUGUCUGCUUCGUUCAACACUGACGUCCAAACGUUUAUACAACCACCACGCCUACUCACCAGCCUGUAAAUACAUAAUACCCACUACCGCAAUGGCAACCGCACAGCAGGCUGCGUGGAGAAAAGCUCCUACUGCAGAGGAAAUUGCCAAUCGUCAGACUGUUGGCAUUAACAAGGAAACCGUCACAAACAUCACCUCGACUGAUUACCCAGGCCAUCACCCUGGCGAAGAUCUCGCAUUCACGCUCGAUCGUUUCCGCGAUGCGUUUUCCGUAAAAUUUCACCAGAACGAUCAGUUCCUCGCCUCUUUCUCUCUUGUCGGACUCGACGCUUCGCUCGCAAACGCUUUUCGACGUAUUCUACUUUCCGAGAUCCCCACCCUCGCUAUCGAGAACGUUUAUAUCGAAAACAACACCUCUGUCAUUCAAGACGAGGUUCUCGCGCAUCGUCUUGGACUCAUCCCAUUCAAGGGUGGUCGUGAGGGUCUGCACAACUUCCUCAAGUGGCACAAGAAGCCAGAGGCUGGCGAGGAUCCUUAUGCCGGCUGUUUUGACUGGAACACGGUCCGCCUCGAGCUUAACGUGACAUGCACCGUCAAUGAGGACGCUUCGCCCGCUGAGAACGACCCUCUCAAAGCUUACCAUAACGCCCACGUUUAUGCGCGCGACAUCGUCUUCGUUCCUACUGGCAAGCAGGUCGAGUACUUCAGCGGCGAGGACGCCAUUGUGCCCACGAACCCAGACAUCUUGAUUGCCAAGCUACGACCCCGACAGACCAUUAAUCUCGCCAUGCAUAUGCACAAGGGAAUUGGAUCCGAUCACGCCAAGUUCUCUCCUGUCGCAACAGCCUCGUACCGUCUGCUACCUACCAUUACCAUUACCAAGCCUAUCCUGGGCGCUGAUGCCGAAAAAUUUGCCAAGUGCUUCCCCAAGGGUGUCAUCGGCCUCGAAAAGGUUACGGCUAAGGAAGCUGCUCAGGCUGGUAGCGGUUAUGAGGGCCAGGAGGGCGAGACUAAGGCCGUGGUUGUUGAUGCGAUGAAGGACACUGUCAGCCGAGAGGCUCUACGACAUAAGGAGUUUGAGGGCAAGGUCAAACUUGGCCGAAGGCGAGAUCAUUUCAUCUUCUCCGUCGAGAGCACAGGGCAAUGGGAUAGCGAUGAGCUUUUUCUCGAGUCAGUUAAGCACCUCAAGCUUAAGUGCAAGAAGCUUGAGCAGCAAGUUAUCAACAUGGCGAGGUAGCCUACUACAUCAUAAAGAGAUUUUGGGUCUUGUUUGGCGCAGUAUCAUAAUUUUUGGGUUGAUUUGUUUUCUGCGGUCUCUACGGUUAGAUAAAAAGGAAUGAUACCAUGACCACAUCAUAAUAUUUGUCACCCGUUUCCUCUCUGCUCCCUAAAAGGAUACUCAUCUAGUACUUUUUGAGUCGUCAUCAUGUACCUCUCAUUCAUUAAUUCAACGCCUAAAGAUGCCCAAAAGCCUGAACGCCCUUUGCUGACCACUUGGUCGAGAAUCACGAAC